AUGAGAUAAACAUAAUUAAUAUAAUGUGUAUAGAAAGAAGAAGGAGAUGAAUUUGAAUUUGAUUUUGAUAAUCAAUUUGAAUCUUAAUAGAUGUUAUAAACACCUGAUUUCUGCACUACAAAAUAAAAUGAAGCAGUUCAUUCAUAAAUUUCGUAUUCUAAUUAGAUAGAAAAAACUGAUUAAUAUGGAUUCAAAUCAUAAAUAAAUUCUAAACAUGAUAAGGAUAUAAAAACUUUAAAUGCUAGAGUUGAAAAAUGGCGAUAAAUGAUUAAUGGAUUUGAGAAAUAAAAUAGACAAUUAAUUAAAGAAAGAACUCGUAAAGUAUUCAUUAAAUUUAUAAAAGGGAAUACCUGAUGGAUUAAGGGUAUUAGCUUGGCCACUUCUAGCAGAUAUCAAGAAAGCUAAAGAAAAUGCAAGUAUCAAUUAAAGGAUCAACUAUUCUGAUUUUUUAACAAAAAAUGAAUAUAAAUUCGAGCACCAGAUUAGAUUAGAUGUUCAUCGAACAUUCCCUGAUAAUAUUAAUUUUUAAGUAUUUUUAUUCUAUUAAAAAGGAUUAAACAGUUCUAUCUGAAUCACUUGUUAAUGUUUUAAAAGCUCUAUCAGUAGCUAUUUCAGAUAUGGGAUAUUGUCAAGGUUUAAAUUUCUUAACUGCUGCUCUUAUCAUGGUUACUAAUGAUGAUAAUGUAAUAAUCCUACAUAUUUUAAGGCCUUUUGGAUUCUCUAUCGCUUAAUGACCCAUUAUAAUUUAACAGCUAAAUAUAAAAAUCCUAAUUCUCUUUAUAGAGAAUUCUACAUUCUUGAUAAUUUGAUAUCAUAAUAUCAUCCCAAUACUUCUAAAAUACUUAAACGUCAUAAUAUUGAUUUAUUCUUUUUUACUACUGAAUGGUUCUUUCUUAUUUUAUUAUUCUUAGGUUUAUUACAAUGUUCUCAACUGCAUUACCAAUUAAUCUAUUUUAUAGAAUCUUUGAAAUCUUCUUAAUUGAAGGAGAAAAAACGCUUUUUAGAUGUGCAUUAACAAUAAUUCAUUACAAAGAAUAAAAACUUAUUCAAUUAAAUGAUUUUGAAGAAGGACUUUAAUUUCUAAAGUCCUAUCUUGAUUUACAACUAUUAGAUACUAAUUAAUUUAUUAAUAUUAUGUUAAAGAAUUACAAAUUUUCCAAAACUAUCAUUCAACAAUUAGAUAUAAAGUAUAAAAAAAAUUAAAAAUGA